AAUGGCAUCGUCAGAUGCUGAGGCGAGGUGAGCUGACUGAGCAGAGCACAGCGACACAGAUUCUACUUGAGGGAAGUAGACUGCGUCAGACGACGUGGCUUUUUACCGAAAAAGUGUCUGAUAGUCCGCAAACUGAAUCUCGCCACUGGCAACACAUUUGAUCACUAUCUUCUUCUCAAAGACGUUGUUUAAAGGUCCGUCAUGUCUGCCAAGGCGAUCUGGGAGCAGACGGGGAAGGAGUUCCUCUACAAACACAUCUGCACGUCCGCUGCCGUCCAGAACCGCUUCCGCUAUGCACGCGUCACCAUGGAGACAGACUGGGACCGCUUGGUGCAGGAUCACCCCUGGCUCCUGACUGAGCGAUUGGUUGUGAAGCCAGAUCAGCUGAUCAAGCGCAGAGGGAAACUGGGCCUGGUGGGCGUCGGCUUGAACCUGCAGGGCGUCCGUGAUUGGCUGAAACCCCGACUGAUGAGGGAGACCACGAUUGGAAAGGCAAAGGGAAUGCUGAAGAACUUCCUCAUUGAACCAUUUGUGGCUCACAAGCAGGAUGAGGAGUUCUACGUGUGCAUCUACGCGGCGCGUGAGGGAGACUGGGUCCUCUUCCACCACGAGGGGGGCGUGGACGUGGGGGACGUCGACUCCAAGGCCCAGAAGCUGCUGGUCGCUGUGGAUGAAAAACUCACUGAGAGCAUGGUGAUGCAACAGCUGCUGUCACACGCUCCUCAGAGUAGAAAAGAGGUCCUGGCCAACUUCAUUGUGGGACUCUUCAACUUGUAUGAAGACCUUUUCUUCACCUACUUAGAGAUCAAUCCACUAGUGGUCACACAGGAUGGUGUGUAUGUUCUGGACAUGGCUGCUAAGAUCGAUGUCACCGCUGACUUCAUCUGCAAAGCCAAGUGGGGAGACGUGGAUUUCCCCCCUCCCUUUGGAAGAGAGGCGUACCCAGAGGAGGCCUAUAUUGCUGAUCUGGAUGCCAAGAGUGGAGCCAGUCUGAAGCUCACCAUCCUCAACCCCAGAGGGCGUAUCUGGACCAUGGUGGCAGGAGGAGGAGCUUCUGUGGUGUACAGUGACACCAUCUGUGACCUGGGAGGGGUGGAUGAGCUGGCUAACUAUGGGGAGUACUCGGGGGCGCCCAGUGAACAGCAGACCUACGACUACGCCAAGACCAUCCUGUCACUCAUGACCCGGGAGAAACACCCAGAAGGGAAAGUGCUGAUCAUCGGAGGAAGCAUCGCCAACUUCACCAAUGUGGCCGCCACUUUCAAAGGCAUUGUCAGGGCGAUCAAAGACUACCAGGUGCCCCUGAAGGAGCACGAGGUCUCCAUCUUUGUGCGCCGAGGAGGACCCAACUACCAGGAGGGCCUGAGGGUGAUGGGCGAAGUUGGAAAGACCACUGGCAUUCCCAUCCAUGUGUUUGGGACCGAGACUCACAUGACGGCCAUCGUUGGCAUGGCGUUGGGCCAUCGGCCAAUCCCCAAUCAGCCUCCAGCCGACGCCCACACCGCCAACUUCCUGCUCAACUCCAACAGCAGCCCAGCGACUCCAGCUUCCAGUAGGACGGCCUCCUUCUCUGAGCCCAAAGCAGCUGCUGAUGUCACUCCUGCAAAGAAACUGAAACCAGGUGUUCCACCAGCUCUCUAUCCCUCCUGUUGUCUGAGGACGGUCAGUACUGGCCUCACAGCGAAGGCCACUACUCUGGUCAGUAAGAGCACGAAGGCGCUGGUGUGGGGGAUGCAGACGCGUGCGGUGCAAGGCAUGCUGGACUUCGAUUACGUGUGUUCACGCGACGCCCCCUCUGUAGCUGCCAUGGUCUACCCCUUCACUGGGGACCAUAAGCAGAAGUUCUACUGGGGACACAAGGAGGUGCUGCUGCCGGUGUACAAGAACAUGGCCGACGCGGUGAAGAAGCACCCCGAGGUGGACGUGCUCAUCAGCUUCGCCUCGCUCCGCUCCGCCUACGACAGCGCCAUGGAGACCAUGCAGUAUCCACAGAUCCACACUAUCGCCAUCAUUGCUGAGGGGAUCCCAGAGGCCCUGACUCGUCGGCUGAUUAAGAAGGCUGAUGAGAAGGGCGUGACCAUCAUCGGCCCGGCAACCGUGGGCGGCAUAAAGCCUGGCUGUUUUAAGAUCGGUAACACGGGCGGCAUGCUUGAUAACAUCCUGGCGUCGAAGCUGUACCGUCCAGGAAGCGUGGCGUACGUGUCGCGGUCCGGCGGGAUGUCCAACGAACUCAACAACAUCAUCUCACGCACCACCGAUGGAGUGUACGAAGGAGUGGCCAUCGGAGGAGACAGGUACCCUGGCUCCACCUUCAUGGAUCAUGUGGUGAGAUAUCAGGACACACCUGACGUCAAGAUGAUCGUGGUUUUGGGAGAGAUCGGAGGGACUGAAGAGUAUAAGAUCGGUCAGGGCGCGGCUGAGGGGCGCAUCACUAAACCCGUCGUCUGCUGGUGCAUCGGAACGUGUGCCACCAUGUUCUCCUCUGAGGUUCAGUUCGGCCAUGCUGGCGCGUGUGCCAACCAGGCGUCAGAGACGGCGUCGGCCAAGAAUCAGGCGCUACGAGAGGCUGGUGUGUUCGUGCCCAAGAGCUUCGACGAGCUUGGAGAUGUCAUACGGUCAGUGUAUGAUGACCUGGUGGCAUCAGGAGUGAUCGUCCCAGCAAAGGAAGUCCCGCCUCCCACUGUUCCAAUGGAUUACUCAUGGGCCAGAGAGCUGGGUCUGAUUCGUAAGCCCGCCUCCUUCAUGACCAGUAUCUGCGACGAGCGCGGCCAGGAGCUGAUCUACGCCGGGAUGCCAAUCACCGAAGUCUUCAAGGAGGAGAUGGGAUUGGGCGGCGUGCUGGGCCUCCUCUGGUUCCAGAGACGGUUGCCACGCUACGCCUGCCAGUUCAUCGAGAUGUGUCUGAUGGUGACGGCGGAUCACGGCCCGGCGGUAUCUGGCGCCCACAACACCAUCGUCUGCGCCCGCGCCGGCAAAGACCUCGUCUCCAGCCUCACGUCUGGCCUGCUCACCAUCGGAGACCGCUUUGGCGGUGCUCUAGAUGCUGCUGCUAAGCAGUUCAGCGGGGCGUUCGACAGCGGGCUGCUGCCCAUGGAGUUCGUCAACAAGAUGAAGAAGGACGGCAAACUGAUCAUGGGGAUCGGACACCGCGUCAAAUCAAUUAAUAAUCCUGACAUGCGGGUUCAGAUCCUGAAGGAUUUUGUGAAGCAGAACUUUCCUGCCAAUCAGCUGCUCGACUACGCCCUGGAAGUAGAGAAGAUCACCACGUCUAAGAAACCCAAUCUGAUUCUGAAUGUGGAUGGCUUCAUCGGCGUGGCCUUUGUGGAUUUGCUGCGUACCUGUGGGGGAUUCACAAGAGAUGAAGCCGAUGAGUUUGUGGAGAUCGGGGCUCUCAACGGCAUCUUUGUCCUGGGCCGAAGCAUGGGCUUCAUCGGUCACUAUCUGGACCAGAAGCGUCUGAAGCAGGGCCUCUACCGACACCCCUGGGACGACAUCUCCUACGUGCUGCCCGAACACAUGACCAUGUAACCAUGGGAACCAGACGGAAAACACCCUUCAGCUCGCGCUAGCUUAGAGUGUGUCUGUGUCUGUGUCUGUGUCUGUGUGUGUGUGUGUGUGUGUGUGUGUGUGUGUGUCCUUCUCUUUGUGUGUCUGUGUGUCUGUGUGUCUGUGUGUGUGUGUGUGUGUGUCUGCGUGUGUAAGUUAUUCUAGAGAGUGAAGCCCAGACAUGAAGGCUGACUUUGAGCCAAUCAGAGUAGGCCCUGAGGCAGUGGGUGGAGUUAGGUGAUGUGGCCUUGUGACCCACUUGACCUUUGACUUCUGACACUAAGUGGUUGCCAUGGAAGCCAUGGAAGUUUAGGGUAGGCCAGUGGUGGUUUGUGUGAUCUUUUAAAUGUAGUUCAGCACACACACACACACACACACACACACCUAGAUAUACUACUCACUGACCUAAGAAGUCCUAACAUGCAUCGUAUCUGACAAUGCGUGUGUGUGUGAUUGUGUGUGUGUGUGUGUGUGUGUGAGAGAGAGAGAGAUAUGCAGGCUUCUAUGUAGUGUGUGUGUGUUAGAUGCAGGCUUCUAUGUGAUGUAACUCUAACCUGUUCCCUGUAGAGCUGAGAUGUGGCGUAGAAACACCUGGAACUAUAACCUUUGACCUUUAACCCCUGACCCCUAAGCGUAGAAACACCUGGAACUCUAGGGUUGCCUAGCGAUGCCACGCUUUAAGUGUCCUAACUAGCUAAUAACUGACCCCUGACCCUAACCCCUAACCCUCUCUGUCUUAAGGACUACUGCAAGGGACCAUGGUGAUGUGGUAGUGUAGUUACUUAGCAACAGUUGGCAUGGCACCGGCAUGUGGGUCUCUGUGCUUGUACGAACGUGUGUGUGUGUGUGUGUGUGUGUGUGUGUGUGUGUGUGUGUGAGGUGUGUGUCUUGCUUGCUGCUCUGACUAACUGUUCACAUGAUAUUCUCGUUUUCAUUUCUGAAGAGGCAGCGGCCAUUCUCUCCGGCCAGUUUUAUUUUUUUAAUGUUUGACUAAAACAUAUUUAAUGUGAAAUAAAUGUUGCUUCUGUUGUGCUUUUGAUUUUUAAUAUACUGUUUGAGAAAACUGUAAUGUUUUAGGUGAAUAAAGAGUCUUGUUUGAAAGCCA